AUGUUGGCACAGAGCUUCUGCAACAUUUUUUUUUCUUAUUUUGGUGCAAAAAACUUCUGCAACAUUUAAUAGAGAAGCAGCAGUACUUUGAUCUCCUCACUCCAUUCCUUUCAGAGAAAUCUGCGACGUCCAAUAUCACAUGUAUAAACGUGAAACUCUUCUCAGUUUUUUGCUUGUUUGAAGUCCGAGGUGAAAAUCGCUUGAGCUCUUUAGAUGGGGGCGGGCAGAAAAACCACAACGAUUACACUGAGUGAGAAGUAUGAAGAUCCCUGGAAAGCUAACAGUGGUGCACCUGCUAGAAAUUUGACCAAAGGCGAACUCGGAUCCAUUGUAUUUGGAUGCAAGCACAGUACUAAGAAGGAAUGCUUAGAGAAAGGGCUUUUUGGAUUGCCAGCUGCGCAUUAUUCAUACGUGAAGAAAGUGAUCCCUGGCCUUACUCUCUUUCUCUUUAACUAUAGUGACCGGAAGCUUCACGGUGUUUUUGAAGCCAUAUCGUGUGGACAGAUGAAUAUCAAUCCGAAUGCGUGGAUCACUGCAAGUGAGGGUUCUGAGACUACACCAUAUCCUGCCCAGGUACGGGUCCGUGAAACGUGUAGAUGCAAUCCUUUGCUCGAAGAAGAAAUGAAACCUAUAAUCGCAAAGAAUUACUACACAGAGAAGCUCUUUUGGUUUGAGCUUGAUAAAGAGCAGACAAAAAGAUUGAUGGCAUUGUUCAAACCAUCUCCAUAUCCAGAAGACAAACUUCGCCCCUCAAAUGCAGAUUGGAAGAGAAGCAUUAACAAUGUGUCGUCCAGAUCUACUGUAAUGAACUCGGGAGAAUGUCUUGAAAUAGCAGAGGCAAGUUUAAAAGGGAAGCAGCAAUCAAAUGGCUCAGUCACUAACGGAGAUGUUUUUUCCCCAGAGAAGAAAUGGAGUGAGCUGUUCAAACCUUCAUCUUCUUCAUCAGCAGCAAACCAUGCUGAAGUUUCCGAACCUGAGAAAGUGUUGAGUCCAUCAGCAUCAGAAUCAGAAUGGUUUGAUGCGUCUGCCUCGAAUUCUGAUGCAUGGGGUGAAUUACCUCCUGAAGCUCCUUACGCUGCAGCUGAUGUUGAGAGUGACUCAAGUGUUGUGGAAUGUUGGGAAGAUAGCAAUCUUGUUAACAGUUAUUUGGAAGAGAUAUCUGAAAACAUUGUGCAAUAUCAUAAUGGAGACACAAGUAUGCCUAAUCCAAAAGACAUGCCAUCUUCGGAGAAGAUGACUCUUUUCGAUGGAUGGGGUGAUCUUGUGCAACCUGAGGAACCUGAAGAAGAUAGCAAAGCAAACAAUGGAUCAAGCUUCACUUUGGCAACCGGCGAGCAUACGACUCUUUUCGAUGGAUGGGGUGAUCCUGUGCAACCUGAGGAACCUGAAGAAGAUAGCAAAGCAAACAAUGGAUCAAGCAUCACUAUGGUACCCGGUGAGCUUAACCUGAUGGAUAGGAGGGUUCAAGAUCACAAGUCUGAAGAAGAUAUGCAAUAUCCCGAUUUUCUGCUUAUGAUCACUAAGGUGAUAGAAGAAGUUAAAGAGUUGAAGGCCUUCCAGUUCAAUCAAAAUCUGAAAACUGAGACUCUGGAGCUGGAGUUGGUACAUUCCAAACAAGAACUUGAUGAAUUGAAGAAGAGGUGCCAAAAGCUGGAAGAUACAUAUGACUGUGCUUCACCUGUUUCAAUGAAGAACAAUAUUUUUCACAUAUCACUGAUCGUAGCUGUUAGCCUGAAAUCUGAGAUGGGGAAAGGGAAAAAAACUAGAACGUAUCCUUUGAAGGAGAAAGCUCAAGUCGAAUGGACAGUCAAUAUGAGCAGAACGGCCAGAAAUUUAACAAAGGAUAAACUACGAGCUGUCAUAUUUGGAUGCAAAAAUCACACAAUCAUGGAAUGCUUAGAUAACAAUUUAUUUGGAUUACCAGAUCAUCAUCAUUCAUAUGUGAAGAAUGUGACCCCUGGCCUUACACUGUAUCUUUUUAACUAUUCUGACCGGAAGCUUCAUGGAGUGUUUGAGGCAGUUUCCAGCGGGCAGAAGAAUAUUAAUCCACGUGCAUGGGCUGCCAUCGAGGGUGUUGAGAAUACCCCAUACCCUUCACAGGUACGAGUCCGUCAACAGAGAAAAUGUCCUCCUUUACUUGAGGAAGAAUUUAAGCCUAUAAUAGCUAGUAAUUAUUAUACAGACAGAUUUUUCUGGUUUGAGCUUGAUGAUGAACAGAAUAGAAGAUUGCUGAAUAUAUUUUUGCCAUCACCAGAGCCUGAAAAGGUCCCUCGUCUACUGAAUGUAACUUGGGAAAAGUUUGAACAUUUGUCCAGCUCUGAUGCAUAUGAGAAUACAGCUGAGAAGAUCAAGUGUGCAGAGAAGGAGGAUUCAUGUACCUCAGUUAGUUAUAAAGAUUCUCUUGGUACAGAGAAGAAGUGGAGUGAACUGUUCAAACCUUCAUCAUCUUCAUGCAAGGUGACGAAUGAGGAAGAUUUGCAAUGUCAGGAAGUAGAAUCAAAAUCUUCAGUGACAGAUUUCUUGGAUAAUGAGUGGAAGUUUGUGUCGUCUUCUGGCAGAUGGAGCAAACUGCCCUCUGAACCUUUCCUCGGUGACCGUGAUCCAUGUGAUAUGAGAAGUUGGAAAGGCAGUGCUUUUGUAGAAAACAGUGUGGAGGAGAUUUAUGAAAAUAAGGUUCAGCAUUUGCAGUAUCAAGAUUCGAAAUGCGUAGAUUCAGACAGUGAUAAUAAGCCCAAUAUGACAGAGGAAUCUUCAGAAAAAAAUGAUUUUUCUGAUGAAGAGGUUGUAUAUGAACCCUCAGAACUUAAGGAAAGAGAUGAUACCAAGGAGAUAGCAACACCUGGAACUGAUUUGCUGAUGAUAGAAAGCUGUGAGAGAAAUCAAGAUCAUUUGAACUUGACUGAUAAACCCUUUCAAGAGGACAAAAAUGAUACGUCUGCAGUGGUGCAAAGAGAUACACAAUCUUCUGAGUAUGUGAUCACUAAGUUAAUGCACGAAGUACGAGUCUUGAAGCUAUCCCAGGUGAAACAAAGGCUGAGAAUUGAGAAUCUGGAGCAUGAAUUGGUCCACUCCAAAGUCGAAAUUGAUCAACUAAAGAGUGGUAGUAAGUUCAGUACUGUGUUGGCCUCUACCAGAGAUAACUUCAAGAGAGAAGACAGUGCGUCCUCAAAUCUUAAACCCAAGAAGGUAUUCAUCUUUGGGGGAUUUGACGGAUGCUCGUGGCUUUCGGAUUUGAGUUUGUAUUCUCCAUCUAAGGAUCAUGUUGUAUCACUUUGCCCAAUGACCUUUACUCGAUCUCACACCUCGCUAGCAAAGUUGAAUGGUGAGCUUUACGUCUUUGGUGGUUCUCAUGAUGGUGUGUGGUACGACACAGUUGAAUCAUAUAAUCCCUUCAAUAAUCGAUGGAUCCAGCGGCCUUGUUUGAAUAGGAAAAAAGGAUCUAUGGCAGGAGCAUCCAUGUAUGAUACAAUAUUUGCACUCGGUGGUGGCAAUGGAGUUGAAUUCUUCUCAGAGGUGGAAUUAUUUGAUCUACACAUUGGAAGUUGGUUGUCCACUGAUCCCAUGCUUGAAAAGCGUUCUGCUGCUGCUGCCACCGAUCUAAAUGGUGCUCUCUAUGUUGCUGGAGGUUAUGAUGGAAGAGAUUAUCUUAGAUCAGUUGAAAGAUUUGAUCCAAGACAACAUGCAUGGACCAACGUCAAUGAUAUGAACUUGAGAAGAGGGUGUCAUUCUCUUGUUGCAUUCAACGAAAAGUUAUAUGCUUUAGGUGGUUAUGAUGGAGAUACAAUGGUGUCAAGUGUCGAGGUUUUUGAUCCACGUAUUGAUUCGUGGAUGAUGGUGGAACCAAUGAAAGCUUCAAGGGGAUGCUUUGGCUCCUUCGUCCUUGGGGGAAGAAUAUACGUUAUUGGUGGUUUGCAGGACACUCAAGUUUUAGACCAGGUCGAAUGCUACGAUGAGGAUAUUGGUUGGCAUGAGACUAGAAUGAAAUCACUUGGUAAAAGAUCUUUCUUUUCUGCUCUUCUUUUGUGAAACAAGUUGUGAACAUCUUUCUUUUUUUGGUUGUAUAGUUAGUAUCUAAACUUUUUGUAUGGAUAGUGCCACUUUAUGCUUACCAAGCCUACAAAAUGAUGAAGGGCAGUUCAACUGAUAA